GUAGUCAUGCAGAACUUUCAUAGACGUCCCAGAUGUUCAGUCAUAAUUUUUUCAUCAUCGCAGCUCUUGCGAUUUCAAUAUCUCAUUUUCACUCCCAAUUGUCCUAAAUGUUUGCAUUUUUCCUCUUAGAGUAAAUACAGAAAUUUUCUGCAAUGGAGCAGCCUUCCAGCCACAGAAACUGCAGCACUGCUGCACUGUCGAGUCCUGGUGCUGCUAAAAAGGUCCCUUCAGUCCACGCUAAUCGUGCCCGCCCAGAGGUGCCAACAAAGCCAAGUCCUGCUGGGAGUAAGCCACGCCCUCCUGUUCCUAGAAAGCCACCUGUUGCCAGUGUUAACCAUGAGGGGAGCAACAGUGUUGGAGCCCCAGUGCCAGAACCCCGACAGGCAGCCACCUGGCAAAAUCUUGGUAAAAAGCAGGAAGCAUGUCAAGACACACCAUCAUCUGGCGUUGCACCACCACCACCACUGCCUCAGUUUCCUCCAAACACACCCCUAUCUGUUGUUUCAAAUCGUUCUGACAUGCCAUCCAGGCCUAAUCCUCCACGACCAAGAAGAUCUGCUCCCCCAGUUCCACCCAAAAAGCCAGCCCACAGACUUUUGGAUUCUUCUGAGAGCCCAGAGAGUAAACAAGUCAAUUCUUUUUGCACUAAGGAAGCUAUCAUUUCAGAUACAACAGAAUCCUCGCAUACGGAAAAUAUGGAGAAGGCAGUGGUCGACUCAAGAUCCUAUGAGCAAGUAUUUGUAGAGGAAAACUCAAGUGAAGCUGUUCCAGAACCGGGAAAUUUUCACUCAGUGGUCAAUGGAGAUAAAGCUUGUGAUAGUAAAGAUAUCUGUGGUGAUAUGCCAACAAAAGACUGCAUUUUCAGUAAUGAUCAGCAACCUAUAAGUAAACAAAACCACAUUGAUAACUCAUAUGACAUUCUUGACAAGUCAGGUGAGAGAGAGACUGUUGUAUCACCUGCUAGCAGGGCUUCAUCUUACUCUUCUUCUGCAGUAGAAAAUGUGACCAUAGCCAAGGUAGAAUGUUCCAGAGGGCCAGAGACUGCAGUGGCCCUCUCUGACAGGGGCACAUGUACUUCAAAGGUGCUGGACACCACCCUCUUGGAGCAGCAGGAGGAUCCAGUGCUGCCUGUUAAAGAUCUGUUGAAAAAGUUUGCUCAACCUUUGUCGCCAUCUGCAGGUCCAAGGGUCAGGCCUAAACCUCGAAAACGAGCAAGUCUUUUGAAGCCAACAGUGAAUGCUGACAAUGUUUCAUCACAGUGUGGUGAUUACUUUGGUCCUGAUGAAUCAUGUCAGGGAGAACAGGAGGCUGACUGUCCCCAGCUGCUGCCAACUCCCGUUCAAGAGAGAAAGCGCCAGAAAGUUAGUGAGGCGGAAACCCUGAGUGUGCAAGUUAAUUCUGUGAGUGUUGAAACUUUGCAGAGGGAAGAUGCUACAGAACUGCAUUUGUCUUGCUGUGGUGAACCUAAUGGAACAUUACAGAGUUACAGCGGUACAGAGCUACACUCUUCUUUCACAGGAGAGGCACCUCAGUAUUACACCAAAAAACAAGUUUCAGACAGUUUAGAAAAUGUGCUUAAAACUUCAGCACAGAGUAAGGACUCUGCAGAGGAGAUGCAGAAAGCUGUUUUGUCUUCUGAACUGUCCCAUGCAGAAGAUCUUAGAGAAGAUGGGCCUUCAUCUCCUUGUGAUGAUGCCUAUGAAGAGGGAAGCAAGCCUCAAGCACCUUGUGCAAGAGAAGCAGAAAAAGAGGAGGAAGAGAAGGACGCGGAAAGGGAGAAUUUAUCAGAAGAAGCCAAAGUUAAAGAUGUCAGAGUUCUACUGGAAUCAGAUGCUGAGCAACAUGAACUGCAGAAUGAGGUGGCUGAAACAGCUGAAGACCCUAGAUUAAAUGAAACUCAUUCAUUUACCUUUGGUGACGUGGGUGAAACAUGUGGCAUUCUUAAGGAAAUUGAGGCUCUUCUCAACAAGCGCAUGAAAGGAGGUGCAGACUUUAACCUGGAGGUGUCAUCUGAAACCGAGGACACAACCAAUCACACAGUCUCUACUUUGUCAACAUUGCCUCAGAGGCCCCCACGACCAAAGCGUGCCAGUAAACUGAAGCAGAUGUCAGAUGUUUCAUCUGUUGACAGUUCCAGCACAGAGAGUCUCACUUCUGUUGGUUUGUCAACUAAAAAGCCUUGUCCACCAAAGCCUAGGCGGAAAAAUGCACCUGGUUCAGUUAUCCGUAGCAUGUCUGAUGUGUCUGGGAUGAGAAGUGUAGUCGACAGAGUUCUUGAUGACGGAGAUGAUGAGACUCCAUGCUUGCCACCAAGACAGCGAUCGCUUCGUCUCCCUGAUCUCAAGCCCCCUCCUCUGCCCCCUCGGAAUAAGUCAAUGGAACGUUUGUCAGAUAACCUAGACUCAUGCCUUUCUGGAUCUGAAGGAAGUGUGGUGGAAGCUGUUAAGUCAUGCAGAAAGAGUGAGAAGCUGUCGUCUCCUUUGGCUGGCCAUUCAGAGAUGCCUGACAGCCUACUCAGAUCUGCAACACAAGCAAAGAACAGAAAAAAUCUUCCCAGACCCACAAGGCAGGCACCGCCACCCCCACCUGCUAAAGCUGGUGGUCAGUCGUUGAGCAUGAACUCUAGUCAGUCAUCAGUGACUUCAAAAAGUCACACAGAAAAAGUGCCACAAUAUAGCAAGAUUGCAAUUGAUGCUUUAAAUGCAACAGUAGGAUACGUUCAUGGUGGACAAGAAAGUGGAGAUUUUGAUGACACUAAUAAGAGUCCUGCUGUCGUGAGUGUGGCGCAGAAUUACCUGGUGGACCAUGACUAUCUUGAGAUUCCAGAGGACUUAGCCAAACGCCUUGCCCAGGAGUCAGCAAUGCAUCAGCCACCACCUGUCAUAACAAAAGAAGAAACACCACCCCCAGAUCUCCCACCUCGAAAUUAUGUUGGUCCAUCCCAAGAGGAUGCAUCUGAGAGACACUAUGAUAUUGUGAGUGAGAGUGAAAAUAUUGCUGAGCAGCCACUUUUAGGAGAGAGUGCAUUACAUUCUGGACAGGACGAGUCACGACCAUCCUCAUUCUUAGAGACACUUGGGUCAGCAGUGGAUGGAUAUGACAGUCAUCACCUUCGGCCGGCCAGUGCCAUCAGCAGCAGUAGCAGCCAUUCUGACAAUGGGUCUGGAAUUGUGGAUCAGCCCAGCAGUUCUGACUCAGAGGAUGAAGACGGAGAAAAAAAGCUGAAAGCCAAAAGAGAGAAGAAGGUUUUUGAUAUUGCUGAAGAAGUCAUGAAAUCAGAAAAAGUAUUUGUGGAUGUUCUCAGGCUACUGAACGUGGAUUUUAGGGUCUUUGUCUCCCAAAAGACAGAAGAGGUUGGACAUGCAGUCGUUCCUUCAGAGACCCUGAAUAAAAUCCUAGACUACCUGCCUCAGCUGCAGAGCUUCAAUGAAGUGCUUCUGAAGGACUUGAAAGAGCGCAUUGAUGGCUGGGAGCAGAACCAAAAAAUUUCAGACAUCUUUGUGAAGAAGGGUCCCUUCCUUAAGUUGUAUUCCUCAUACAUACGCAACUUUGAACAUGCAACAGCUCUUUUGGAUGAGACUUGCAAGAAACAUCAUGAGUUUCAACUAACUGUGCUGCAGUUUGAGAGGACUCCCAAGUGUGCAAACCUGGCCCUAAAACACUAUAUGCUGAAACCCAUUCAGAGGAUACCACAGUACAAGCUGCUGCUACAAAAUUACUUGAACCAGUUGACACCAGAGAGCACUGACUAUAGAGACACAAUUGUUGCCUUGAACAUUGUGAGUGAAGUGGCUGACCAUGCCAAUGAGAGUAUGCGACAUGGGGACAAUGUACAAAAACUGCUGGAAGUCCAAAGGUCACUGAUAGGUCAGUUUGAGGUCAUCCAGCCAGGUCGGGUUCUCAUAAAGCGAGGGGAACUCCAGAAGCUGUCAAGGAAGGUGAUGCAGCCACGCAUGUUCUUCCUGUUCAACGAUGUCCUCCUUUACACAACUCCAGUUACAGCUGGAUAUCGCCUGAACAAUGUUCUACCUCUGAAUGGCAUGAAGGUCUCAAUAUUUGGAAUUCAUCGACACUUCUCCUUUGUGCCAUGUCUUCACUUUCUGCAUUCAAGUCAGGUUGUGCCACCCAAGCUGGAAGAAUUCAAGAAUGAGUUUAACAUCAUAACCACCCAUCGCUCCUUCACUGUAGCUACAAGCACUCCUUCUGAGCGUGAGGAAUGGCUGAACGCACUUUGGAAUGCCAUUGAUGAGAAUGCAGAGAAGUACCACACAUUUAAGUCCCUGCAACAGGAACCACAGAAUUCGCUGAUGGACAAGGAUUUUGUGCUUGGUCAUAAAGCACCUCUCUGGAUCCCAGAUGCCCGUGUUACCAUGUGUAUGUUGUGCAUGACAGAGUUUUCUAUCACAUGGCGAAGACAUCACUGCCGGGCAUGUGGACGGAUCAUCUGUGGAAACUGUUCUGAGAACAGGGCACCUCUGCGAUACCUUAUGUAUAAGCCAGCUCGAGUGUGUGAUGAUUGUUUCCAGAAGCUGGAGCAAGAAGUACAAAACUGGGAAGAAAAAGAGAAAACCAGAGGAGAAAACUCUUCCACAAGUACAGAUGGAAAGACUCCAGUAGCUGCAUCCCAGGAAUCUCCUCUCAUCUUCAGUAGCAUCAAGGCACGUUUUCAGAAGAUCCACAAAAGCAAAAGCUUGAAGAAGAAACCCAGCAUGGCUCGUCCUUCUGUUUUGGUUGAAGUGCAUGCCAACGAUGAGGGUUCAGCUAUGAGUGGUUACCUGUGGGUGGCAAAGAACAAGAAGUGGAAGCGACUGUGGUUUGUUGUCAAAGGCAGUGUUUUGUACACAUACAAGGCAAGUGAGGAUGUGGCGGCCAUUGAGAGCAUGCCGUUGCUGGGCUUCGAAGUGACCAGGAUGACCACUUGGUACCAGGGAGCGGAACCAGAUCUUAUGUUUGAGCUGAAGCAUCAAAAUACACAGCCUCUAGUGUUCAAGUCCCGUAGCAGCACCGGUGGUGACCCAUCUGGAGCUGCUGCCACAGGCCCACCAGAAACUCCAACUUCACCUGGUGUCAUACCACACAUGAAAUCCAGCUCAGACACCACCACGCCUCGCCUCAUCUUUCGAACAGACAGUGCUGCUGCCACCACCAAGUGGGUGACUGUCUUGAGGGAGGCAUCUGUGGCAUGAGAAGAAUAGAUAGCUGUUUGACAUCAUGUUAGAACACCACAUCCUGCAGUUUCAUGUAUGUUCUACUACUAUGGCUGCACCCAGCAGGUACUUCACGUCCAUUUAAACAUUUCUUCAUCCUGCACUUGCCUCACAGACAUUCAAUAACCAUUGUCAUGUCCUGCAGCUGACCAACAUUCUACCAACAUCGUCACAUCCUCCAGAUGCCUUAAACAUCACAUCUUGCAGCUCUCUUCUGGGCUCCAGGCAGCAAGAACAUCUUUUGUGUGCAUAUGUUUGUGUGUUUGGUACGCGCGUGUGUGUGUGUGAGACAAUGUAAGCAUAUAAACGCAGGCAUCACAGGUCUGUUUGUUCACUUGUAUAUUGGUGUGUUUGUGUAUAAUAACCCUUGUACAUAAUUUUGAAUACAUGUACCAGCCUUUUUGAGUGCUGAGGAUGAAAUGAUAACAUGUAUAGGCUUUGGCCCUGGCAGUUUGUCCACUGUUCUUGUCAGCGCAUGUUUUGCCAAGCAAGAAAAAGCACAAAGAAAUGCUGGCAUUGUUUUGUGCAAGAUUUGUUGAUAUCUGAUGCAAUCUUUUGCCAUGAACUUUGUUGAGUUUGCAGACUGAGUAUGCAGUUUUGUUGUUUACACUGUGUGUGGGGGUGCAAUAUUGUUAAUUAGAAAAGAUGGCUUUCAAAUCUAUUGCAAUAUGAGCCUUCUCAUAGCUUUGGUAACUUUUUUUUCUUCUUGAGAAAACUCAUUCAUGUAAGAAUUCUUUGAGAAAUGUAAGUUAUUCCAAAAUCCAUGUAUGAACAUCACACUAGAAACCAUCAAGACAAAAUGCCUUUCUAAAAUAUUGGCAUAAUAAUAAGUGCAUUUGUAUAUUGCCUUUCUCCAGCAACUGCAGUAAUAGGAGUAAGAUAAUAAGAGUACACAGAAUAAGAGUGCACUUGCGUAGCAUGCUUCACUGUCAAAAAGACAAGCUCAGUGCACUGCACAGGAAGGGUAAAUGAAGAAACAAUACAUCAAGAUGAAGCAGUGAUGUAACACAACAUCACACAAACUCACAAAGUUUCUCAGAAGAAUGUGGGCGACCUGGUGGCACAUCGGUUAGCACCUGUCACCAAUACAAUGAAGGUUUUCUGUCCUGGGUUUAACUGUCAUCUCGGGCACGCUGUUCUUUGUCUGCAUGUGGCAUAUGUUUAUAGGGCUGGCUGCCUUGCCGUGAUACUGCCUUAGUUGUUGGCUCGGUGUAAUUCCACUAAUUCCACCCACUUCUCAGAAGAAUGUAGGAAGACUAAGGCAGGUGGAGAUCAGCAUAAAGAACGCAAUGUAGCAAAAAAAACCAAACAACAACAAACAAACAAACAUCUUCAACCCGUUAGCAAAAGCAAGAUUACCCCAGUUAAUGAUAUCAGACGAUGGAUCUAAAUAUAAUCGUUUGUUGUUCAUUCGUUUCAUCAAGGCAUUCAAGCAAAGAAGUUGAAGUAGCAGGGAACCAUUAAACCAUGAAAGCAAGUGUUUACAGAGUAUUAUUAUACCCUUAUUGUGAUUACUUUGUUUUUGGUCACUUCUCAUGCUUAUCAUGAAGUGGUCACUACCACCAUGUUUUGUCAUCAACACAAUCAUUGCUAAAAUUUGUUUUUGUGUUGCAGUCAGAAGAUGACAAAAUUAGUGCAAGUGAUUUUGGUCCAAGUUUCAAAAGCCUAUUUGAGAAAAGGUUAAAUUUGGCUCAGUAGCCUUACCAGUGAAAUUGCAGCAAAAACUGCCUGUUUUGAGGGAGAACCUUGUUGUCUGGUAUCUAUUUUUCCUACAAAGUUAUUUGAAACAAAGAUAUUGAGGAGAUGCUGAAGGAUUUACCAAGAAAUAUUUUGUCCCCCUUUACUUUGUGCCUGAGCAGUAUUCUUUGCCGUUACAAUCACAGUGCCUUGUUUAAUGACUAUUUAGCAAUUUAUUGUCUAGUAUCUUAUUAUUGGUAGUUGUGCCUUUUGAAGAUAUUUUUUUUGAAAGAAUUUUACUAAAUGUAUGGUCCCAUUGUCAACCUCCCUUCCAAGUUUCUGACAGUGUAUGGCUUUUUCAACACAUCAAGUGCCAAAUGUGAAUUGUUUACACCUCUACUUUUUUGUAAAUGCCACUGAAUUUCAGGUUUAGAGGAAGUUGUAUGAUCAUUCUAUUUUUUUUCAUUGUAUUGCACUUAAACUGUUCAAUAGUGCUGUGCUUAAAUACUUUUUCAAUAUUAAAAGAUGUUUUUAGUCUGUAAAUUUCAAGUCACAAAGAAAUCUCAUUUAGUUCAGAAUAGUUAAGAAUGCAAUGAGGUAUGUGAAACGAUACAAAGUAUACCAAAUCUUUUCUCAUUGAUUCUUCUGUAUAAAAUAUACAAAAUCUCUUCUUAUUGGUUCUUAUGUACAAAAUGUAAUUUUCAGAUUGUAGUCAAUUUUUAGGAAUGCUGUAAAUAGCAUUAAAAUAUUUUACAUUCAAAACGCUUGCAGUAGAUGCAUCAUUAACAACAACAACAACAAAAUACAGAAUGCUUCCAGAAAAAAAUAACAGCAUCAGAAAGUUGCAAACUUCACGUGAGCUGGAUUCUUACUUUAGGUGGUCUUGUACACAAAGUUUUAUUUAUUUAUUUUGUGCUUAAAGGUUUCUUUAAGUCUACAAUUAAGAUGACUGAUGUCAGUUAAUGCUGCAAAGUGGAGAAAUUUAAAAGUAUGUUUCAAUACCACAUUGAAGGUGUGUGAGAGUUUGUUUUUAAAAGAAAUGUUGAUAUUUAUUCUAUGACUGAUAAUACUGUGUACUUGAAUUGAAAGUCUGUGCUACUUUCAACAUUUCAAAUAAUAAAGCUGUUUGCAACAGAUAUUGUCCUUCCUAGAUCUGCUUAGUAAUUGAUUUUUGCAUUCAAAAUGUAAAUCAUCACUAUAGUAGAAAGGUAGAUUGAUCAUCUUAUGACUUCACAUAAUUUAAAGUAUGGCUCUACAUUUAAAGGAAUUAAAGACUUAAGCUAGCACUUUCAAAGCUACAUCAUGAGCCAAAAAAAUUAUAUUUUUGAAGUAUGAAUUUGCAGAAUUUGAAUAAAUUUUAUAGGUUUCAGUUGGAGACGUUUAUGUGAAGUCUGUAUAAAUAAAUGCGAGAAGAGGUAUAUAGCCAAGUACUUAGAAUUCAUUUAGUCAUCCCUUGACUGGUCUUGAGAGUGGGAGCUAAUGGGGGGAGCUCAUGGAUAGUUUCAGCUUCUGACAAGGCCCACUUCUCAGGUCUGUCUUAGACAGUGGUCCUGCACAGAAUGACCAGUCCCACUCCUUCACAUUUGUUAGCCUGUUCUUCCUCUGGCCCCCAUGCUGACAACCUCCUUCCAAGGUACCUUGAAGGAUAGUCGUUGACAGAGUGUUGCGCUGGGUCACAUGACCAAACCAGACCAGCUUACGCAGCUUGAGAAUAGGGGUUCCUGGUGUCCUACAAAUGUGGCAAUCAUGCCUCAGACAAAAGUCACUGGCUUUAUGUUGCCUGUACAAGAUCCACAGCAGUGUUCACAAGCACUUAUUAAAACUACUGGAUUUUCUUCUCCAAAUCAGCAAGCAAAGUUCAUGUUUCACAUCCAUAAAGCUGGGCUGGUACAACAAGGGACCUAUAUAGCUUGUACUUGGUAGUAAACUUGAUGUUAUGGCUGCACCAGACCUGUCCAACUUGUCCACUGCCGCUGAGUGUUCCAAAUGUUAUCUAGAUGUGGAUAUUUAUCUUGGAGCUGCCUUUUUCAGCAAAUAUCCAUAGUCUUUUUGGGGGACGGGGAGGGGUAGGUGGCUUAUACACUUGGGGGCACCUAUCUUCCUGUUGCAAAGGGAAAAACAGAAAGGAAGAGGAAAUGGGCACCAUUCAUAAUGGUGUAAUUAUCUGUUUUUCAGACUAUGAGAAAGUUAUCAUAAUUUACAGUUUCAUUCUGACCAUUUCUGAGCUACACCGGAAUCUUGUGGCAGUCUUCAGAGCGCAGUAGCCAUAGACUAAAAUCAGUCAACGUUUCUCUAACUGCAACAGGGCUUGGACCUCCAAAGUCAGCAGGUAUGGCAUGUUGCCAGUACUGCCUCUGUAGCAGUGCUCCUGUGGCUGUAGCUAUACAAAUAAAAACAGCCUCAAGGGACCACUAGAUACUUAUAGUUAGAAGCUGCUACCUAUUAAGCAAAGUGUAGCAAUCCCUUCAAGCUGAUUCGAUGAGAUUACAAAAAUUUUGUUGAGAGUUCCACAAUUCUUGGAAGAUAAACUGGUCUUUUUUGGUAAUUUUUAGAUUUUUCAUUUAAACAGAAUGUGUACCUGAUUUAUCAGAGAAAGUUGAACUUCACCCUCAAUAUGCCUAUGCCCAUGAUGUGGUGGACCACUUACAUUCACUGCCCUAAAGGUCACUAGGCUAGGGGACCCGGUACAUUUACUGAUCUUUUGCUGCUUAAACUGUUUAUGUCAUGAAAACCUAUGUGAACCUAUUUAUUGAAUGCUAAUUUGGCAAUUGUACAAUAAAACAUGAGUAUAUGUGUACUUUCCCUUAUUCAUCAUCAUUCAUUUUCUUUAAUUAGAUUGGUUGCUAAAAUUUUGAGUUGCAUGUUUGAUUUUGGUUUUUGGUUCCUUCCACUUCCUACUUGCAACAUGCAACAAGAAAUCAGAAACUUUAUACAAAGUGAAGUUUAUGUCUAAUUGUGUGACAUGGUAGUUAAACCAGUUUUGUUUUUUUGGGGGGGUUUUUGGUUUGUUUGUUUUGCUAUUGUGGCAAGUCAUUUCCUGUGGAGCUUUUGAGAUUUGACUUCAAAUAGAUCAGAUGGGUCAUACCCAGUUUUAUUUUUUAUCCCAAGUCACAUGUGUGCCUUAAAACUUUCCCAAAGGAUGCAUGUAUUUCGAAUAAACCUCUUUGCAAAUAGCUUGAGGUAAAAAGUAACUGGAUGUUUUUUAUCUGUAAUCAUAUCACACCAGUUUGUGACCCUUGGAUUACCAGAGUCAGUCAGUCCCACCCUUAGAUUGUGUUUGGAGUACAGUUAGGACCAGCACAGAAUUUUCAUAAGUGUCUUUUAUAAAAUUGCUUAAACUUGUGGGCACUAACAGGUCCAGGUAGUCUGCUCAAUGUGAUGCACGUUAAAGACAACAAAGUGACAAUCAACCAUACAAUAAACUUACCUGUCGGCAAACAGGUAACACCAUGACAGAAGAAAUUUUCUGGAAGUUGGUUAAAUAUGAACCCAGGCUGAUCACUCGUACUGUUUGAAGAAAUUGUGUAAACAUCUAAACAUCUUGUAUGUAACAUUUCUGUUCAUGCCACUGUACAGCUGUGUGACCAUAAUUACUAGUAUUGCCUAUGUGAGUUAAAGCAAGAAGUGGCUAAAGAGGAUCAACAAGAGUGACUACUGUUAUACUAGAACUUGAAUUCAGGCAGCAGUCACGUAAUGAUUUUUUUACAUACUGGACACUUUCCUUUGUAUCUUUUUAAUGAUAUACCCAGCAAUGUAAGUUCAUAUAUUUUUCUCAGGAAUCAAUACGGGAUGGUAGCUGACAAAAUCAGUAGGUGUCAACUGUGUUUCCAAAGAUCAACCUGUAAUAGAGUAAUAAUAAUUUCUAAACUGCUUAAGAACGAUUUUAAAGGGCUCUUGCUGAUCCUCUUUGAAGUAACUCUUCAAAACGUGUAAACCUCUGCAAGUUAUAUUCUGUUCACUUUUUUUGCACAUAAAGCUGAUUACAGGAGAAACUUGUGCCUGACCAUGCAUAUUUUUGAGGUGUGAUCUUGUUUCAACACCAUAGGUGGUGCAUGCAAAGUUGUCUUUUUCUCACUUUCGCAACCUUUACGAAGUAGUCCCUAAAUAUGUGAUCACUACACAACAUGUGAAUGUUACAUAAUUGCAAUAACAGCUGUUCAUAAAAUAGAAAAUUACGAAAUCCAUCAAAGCUGUCAAUACUUGAUUGUAUAAAGGUGAUUCAUAUUUAUUAUAUGCUACUGACUGUAGUUGUGUAUGGUUGCAUAAUGCAUAAUUCGUGGCUGCAUACGUUCAGAUUUCAAAUGUAAUAAACAAAAGCUUUCACUGUGAACGCAGUAGUCAGAAGCAAA